GAGAAAGUAACAUGGUGGCCGGUUCCUCCCCGCACGGGAGCGGCGGCGUGUCCGGCGGCCGCUGAGCGGCGGGGGCGGCAGGUGAGCGGCGCGGAGCGGGGCGCGGAGCCGCCCGGGCGGUCCCGCAGCGGCUGAUCCUGCCCGCCGCGCCCGCGCCCCUCUCCCUGCUCCUUUAAUUGCAGUCGCUCCCACCGUUCCUGUGCAGCGCCCGCGUCCCCGCGCGGCGCAGGUGGCGGGCGCCGCAGGCAGUACUGACGUGACAAUGAUAGAAGAUAAAGGUCCACGAGUGGCUGACUAUUUUGUAGUGGCAGGGCUCACUGAUACAGAUACUGCAACGCUCCCGGACCAAGAAAUAAGCCGACAUGAGACAAAGUCAGCUGGUCCAAAGGCUCCAAUUACCGACAUUGCUGUGAUAAUUAAAUCAGCUGGUGAAACUGUCCCAGAGGGAUACACUUGUGUUGAAGCCACCCCUACAGCCCUUCAAGCCAACUUAAAUUAUGGAAGUCUAAAAAGUCCUGAGCUUUUUCUUUGCUACAAGAGAGGCCGGGACAAACCACCUCUUACUGACAUUGGAGUUCUAUAUGAAGGGAAGGAACGCAUCAUUUCAGGCUGCGAGGUCAUUCAAGCUACUCCCUAUGGUCGUUGCGCUAAUGUUAACAACAGUUCAGCUUCCUCUCAACGGAUCUUUAUCACAUAUCGAAGGGCACCUCCAGUACGACCUCAAAAUUCAUUGGCAGUGACAGAUAUCUGUGUUAUUGUUACCAGCAAAGGAGAAACCCCUCCUCAUACAUUCUGCAAAGUAGAUAAGAAUUUAAAUUGUGGUAUGUGGGGCUCCAGUGUAUACCUUUGUUACAAGAAGUCUGUGCCAGCUUCUAACUCUUUAGCAUAUAAAGCUGGGUUAAUUUUCAGAUAUCCUCAAGAGAACUAUGAGUCAUUCCCACUGUCGGAAUCUGUACCUCUCUUCUGCCUUCCUAUGGGAGCUACUAUUGAGUGCUGGGACUCUCAAACCAAAUAUCCACUCCCGGUGUUCUCAACUUUUGUACUAACCUGCUCUUCUGCAGAAAAGGUUUAUGGUGCUGCUAUUCAGUUUUAUGAACCUUAUCCCCGGGAGCUGCUAACAGAAAAACAACAGUCGCAGCUGGGUCUCUUGACACCUGUGGAGAGGAAAGUGGUUACUUCUAAGUCCAUCAAUUCCAACAAAUGCAUCUGCCUUCUUUCACACUGGCCUUUCUUUGAAGCAUUUCGAAAAUUUCUUAUGUUCAUCUACAAACUCUCUGUCUCUGGACCUCACCCUCUUCCCAUUGAAAAGUACAUAUCACAUUUUAUGCACAAUAUACCUUUCCCUUCACCACAAAGGCCAAGAAUUCUUGUGCAGCUUUCUGCCCAUGAUGCAUUAAUAUUGUCUCAGCCAGUUUCCACACCAUUGCCAUUAAGCGGAGCGAACUUCAGCACUCUGCUCAUGAAUCUUGGACCAGAAAACUGUGCCACUCUAUUACUGUUUGUGUUGCUAGAAGGCAAGAUCCUCCUCCAUUCUCUUAGACCAGCUGUGUUGACAGGAGUUGCUGAAGCUGUAGCAGCUAUGAUAUUUCCAUUUCAGUGGCAAUGUCCAUAUAUCCCCCUCUGUCCUUUGUCUCUGGCCACCGUACUCAGUGCACCUGUUCCAUUUAUUGUUGGAGUUGAUUCACGAUACUUUGAUUUGUACGAUCCACCACAGGAUAUUGUGUGCGUUGACUUAGACACAAAUAUGGUGUACAUAUCAGAUGAUAAGAAGAGCACCAGUUGGAAGCAGUUUCCUAAGAAGCCAUGUAAAAGUCUGCUCAGCACCUUGAAGAAACUGCACCCACAGUUGGCAGCCGUUCACAGGAAAACUCAAGAAGGCUCUGCAGUGGAGAUGACUCCUAUUGAGGCAGAUUUCUCCUGGCAAAAAAAGAUGAUAGAACUUGAAAUGGAGAUACAAGAAGCUUUUCUGCGUUUCAUGGCAUCUAUUUUAAAGGGUUACAGAACAUUCCUCAAGCCAAUCACACAGGCGCCUUCAAAUAAAGCAACGGCUGCUGAUUCCUUGUUUGAUCAUCAAGGAUUUUUAAAGAGCAGAGACCGUGCCUAUAUGAAGUUCUACACACAUCUCACCAAAACACAGAUAUUCAGCCGCUUUAUCGAGGAGUGCAGUUUUGUGAGUGACAAGGAUACUGGCUUGGCAUUUUUUGAUGACUGCAUAGAAAAGCUCUUCUCAGAUAAAGGAACAGAAAGAGGAGAGAAGGUUGAUGUAGAUUCUGUUGAAGAUGUACGGUUGAUUGAACUUGAUGAGUCUCAAAAAAGUGAACACACAGUGUUCAUAAUGCCACCAGAACCUUCUGCUGAUGAUGGACAGGACCGAGUGCCAAAAUACAGUUACAAAAGCUUCCCACGACUAGAUUUCAAGCUCUUUGACAGGCCACAGGAGCUCAAGCUUUCAUUCAGCAGACACCCAGCUGGAAGCAGCAUUUCAAAUAGUCCAGCGCUCAUGGCAAAGAGGACAAAACAGGAGAUAAAAACAGCUCAUAAACUAGCCAAGAAGUGUUAUGUAAGCCCCCCACAGUGGGCUAAGUGUCUCUUCAGUCAUAGUUACAGCCUAUGGUUUAUUUGUCUGCCAGCCUACAUCAGAGUUGCACAUCCCAAGGCCAAAGCACUUCAGCAGGCAUACGAUGUUCUAAUUAAAAUGAGGAAAACUGAUGUGGAACCACUAGAUGAGGUCUGCUACAGAGUUGUAAUGCAGCUCUGUGGACUGUGGGGUCAGCCUGUUCAGGCGGUGAGAGUCCUCUUUGAGAUGAAAAAUGCUGGAAUACAGCCAAAUGCCAUCACCUAUGGUUAUUACAAUAAGGCAGUUUUAGAGUCUCCUUGGCCAAGCAGUAACCGCAGUGGCAUAUUCCUGUGGACAAAGGUACGAAAUGUAGUCCGUGGCACAGCACAAUUUAGACAGUGCUUAAAGAAGUCAGCGCAGAGCCCACGAGUACCUGUGAUAUCAGUUCUGCGGAGUACCACGGGUGGAAGUGAUGGGGACAUGGUGAGCCAUGGUAGCGUGGAUAGUUCUAAUGAUGCUAACAGUGGGGAGCACACUCUCUUCGUCAGUGACUUAGUCAGGCUUGAUUCCAUUGAUAAUCACUCUAGCACAGGUGGCCAGUCAGACCAGGGCUAUGGAUCCAAGGAUGAACUUCUAAGAGAUGGGGAUAGUCUUCAUGCAACUGAAACACAAGUAGAGAAAGAUACUACUACAGCUGAAGGCCUAAUAGGAGAGGUUUGUACUGAGAAAUCUGAUGAAAAGCAACAGCUGAAUAUAGAAACUCAUAAUCCAACAGACCUACCUUCUUGGGGUAACAGUAUUGUGAAGGUUCCAUCUGGCAUCUUUGAUAGCAGUGGAAGGAGAAGCAGUGAUGAAACUGGUUCUAGCCCACUGUUCAUAACUCAGGAUUCAGUUGAAGAUGUAGUCUUUGGUGAUGUUUCUCCAAAGAAAACAAGUGAAAAAGGACAGAAGAGGCAGAAACUGUUUUCAGAGAGAAGCUGCAGUUUCAGCAGUGAAGGCAGAGCAGGAAUGCUGCUAAAAAAGGGCAGCUUGGACCUACAUUCUAAAGAAAUGGCCGUAAUGAUGGGAGCAGAUGCCAAGAUCUUAACAGCAGCUUUAUCUGGGGCCAAGACUUCACCCUGUCGUACCAAUAAGUCCCACAGCUUUGAAAGUACUGUUGACCAGCAGGUUUCUGGCAUAAGUGGCACUUGGAGUUGUGUGACUGAGAGUAGUUGGGAAUUGGAGCAUAGGUCUUCACCAGUGCUGGAAGAACCUGGGGAAGGGCAGGAACAUCUUGAGAAUGGAAGAGAUGAAAACAUGACGACAGUGGAAGAUGUGAACCUUGAACAAUCAGCUGAGUCCCAAAUCAAGAAACCACAAUCCAAAGAUGCAACUGCUAAAAGGAAUAGCUUUUAUGGAGUGGUUAAGCCUAUUGAAAGGGAAGAUGUUGAAGUAGGCUUGGACCCUUUAUCUCUGCUGGCUACUGACAGCAUGCAACCAAGGCAUCCAGAACCUGAGGAAAAGUUGGUGUCACCAGUUGCAGCACGCAAUUUGGCAGAUGAAAUAGAGAGCUAUAUGAAUCUAAAGAACCCCUUGGGUAGUAAGUUUCCCAGCAUGGAACUUCACGAGCCAAACAGGGAAGCAGAAGCCUCUGGUAUAUUUGGUCAUUCCCAAGAAAGAAGGUCAAGUCUGCCUUUGGAUCCUGUUCUUCCACCUUCUGAGUCUUAUGAAAAUCGGAGAAGUCCUUCUGUCUCCAGAUCCAAAACAUUCACUGGACGACAAAAGCAACAAACCCAUCCACGAGUUCAAAAGGAGCGGUCUUCAUCUUUGACAGGACUCGGUCGCUCUUCUCCACAUGGCUCAUUAGGAUCUGUUGUAACAACUUUAUCCAAUCUGAAGUUAGACAACAUACUUUCUGGACCAAAAAUGGACGUUCUGAAAUCAGGCAUGAAACAGGCUGCCAAUGUGGCCAGUAAGAUGUGGGGAGUUGUAACUUCAGCAUAUAGUUACUCAGAUGAUGAGGCAAAAAACAAUCGUCUAGACUUCCACUUCCCGACUGGUUUUGAAGAUAAUAUUUUAGGAGAUACUAUGUCAUCAAGAACUGGAGUCCCAGGGUUAAUUACAAAUGAGCUUGCACAAAGCACUACUAGUCUUGGCAGUAGUAGUAGCAGUGGAGAUACAGGAAGACAGCAUUACAAUGCAGGUGAAGUUUCAUUCCCAAGAAGUAUGAAAGUUGCAGAUUCUGAGAAGUCUGAGCAAAGCUCUUCACAUAAUACUAGUUUAUCCAGCAUUUUCCAGAACUAUGCCAUGGAGGUAUUGAUGUCAAGCUGCUCUCAAUGUAGAGCUUGUGGUGCUUUGGUUUAUGAUGAAGAAAUUAUGGCUGGAUGGACAGCAGAUGAUUCAAACUUGAACACUACCUGUCCUUUCUGCAAAAGUACCUUCCUACCUCUACUUAAUGUUGAAUUUAAAGACCUACGUGGCUCUGCAAGCUUUUUCCUGAAGCAAAGUACCUCAGGAGACAGCUUACAGAGUGGUACCCUUCCAUUAACUACGGAUCCCCUGGAGCAGAAACUGUUGUCCAGUCCAGCUGUUGCUGACUUGAUCAGUUUUUCUGAUCACCCACAGUCCAGCCACACCAUAGCUGAAGAAACUAGCUCUGCAGCUGAGCAACGUGAUGUGGCAGAAGAACAGAUUAAAGAUCCUAGAACCAUGAAGACAUCUGCCAGUAAUCCACCAAAAAGGGGUGUGUCCUUGACUCGAAGUCACAGUGUUGGAGGUCCGCUGCAAAACAUUGAUCUUUCCCAGAGACCGUCUCAUGGCAUUUCAACAGUUAGUCUUCCAAAUAGCUUGCAAGAAGUUGUGGAUCCUAUAAUAAAAAGACCUAACCCUCUCCCUGUAUCUGUACCCUACUUGAGCCCUUUGGUACUGCGUAAGGAACUUGAGUCGCUAUUGGAAAAUGAAGGAGAGCAAGUAAUUCAUACAUCCAAAUUCAUUAAUCAACACCCUAUAAUUUUCUGGAACCUAGUCUGGUAUUUCCGACGGCUGGAUCUACCUAGCAAUUUACCUGGCCUCAUUUUAACAUCUGAACACUGUAAUGAUGGAGUGCAGCUUCCCUUGUCAUCUCUUGCUCAAGAUAGCAAGCUAGUGUACAUCCAUCUUCUGUGGGACAAUAUCAACCUCCACCAAGAGCCAGGAGAGCCCUUGUAUAUGUCUUGGAGAAAUCUCAAUUCAUCUGAGAAGAGACCCUCAACGUUAACAGAAGAUCAGCAGGCAAUACACGCUUUGUUGGAGAACAUCAAACUAAGUAUUCAACACAAUGAUGUUGAUAAACCAAUCAGCCUCCUCCUACAGAAAGUUAAACCAGAUGUGAAACGACAGAGGAGUUUUUACAGAGAAAUUCUUUUCCUGUCUCUGGUGUCUCUUGGAAGAGAGAAUAUUGACAUUGAGGUCUUUGAUAGUGAAUACAGGCUUGCGCAUAAAAAGCUACCGAAGGAUGUUCUUGAAAAGAUGCAGAAAAUAGAUGCUCCACCAAGCAGCAGAGUUGAGUGUUGUAGGAAGUGCUUUGGAGCACCUUUAAUAUAAAAAUGAGGAUAACACAUGAUAAACUUCCCUGAGACAAAGGUGGAGGUGAACAAACCAGGAGCAUGGUGGUAUAUACACUUUGAAUCCCAAAAGGCAAUAAUUAAGCAAUUUGUCAAAGCAAUUUCAUUGAACUGCAAUAUAUAGUCUUGUCUUUCAUCUCAUGAGACACAGUGUAAAAUAUGUUGAAGUGUUUUAGAACUAUAUUAGUAGAGUGAGUUGGUUUCAGUGAUUGAUCUGGGUUUUUUUCCUAUGUUUUCCCUUUUCCUUGCUCAAAUCUUUCCCCCACAAUAUCAAGUAGUUCAAAAAGGUGAUGAUUAAACAGCAAUUUAAAGUUGUUGACUUCCUUAAGAGCCACCAAUACUUGUAUUGUCACAGAAUACUUAGAUUCUUCACACUUCUUUAAAAUGACCUUUACCGAAAGAGGGAUCUUUUUGCUGGUGCACAGUACGUAUGUAGGGAUGUAAAUAUCUGAGUCCUUGGAUUGGAAGUUGCAAUGCAGUUGCUUUUGGCAGAUCAUAGUACCUAAAGUUGCUGCACUUCUCCUGAUCCCCGGUAUUCUAAAUUAUCUUGGUCUGACCUUUUCAUAGUGAAUACCUACAGUUGUAAAAACUAGAAACUUACACUUGUUUUUUCUGUAUUCUUUAUCUGACAAAUUAAAGAUCCUUUGAAUAUUCUGCUGCUUUCUCCAGAAGAGUGAUAGGCUUCUACACUAAACAGUUCAGAAAUGGAUGGCUUUCUAAAAGUUAGACAAGAGGCCUAAAUGGCAUUAGCAUACAUACAAGUUUUACCAAACAGAUAACUGUAAAAAAAAAUAUGCUUUAUACUCUGUGCAUGUAUGCCUAAGAAGGUCUCUUCCUUAAAUUCCCUCUCCCAUGGUUUCACACUAGCCUGUGGGUUAAUUAUGUUGCACUGAUAGUCCAAAUUCAAUAUUUCAAUGACAGUGUAUUUAUAAAUGUGGUUUUCAAGGUGUAUAUUCGCACAAGUGCUUGAGCAUAUGAUCUGAAAAGCUGGAUUGCUUCUAGUAGGUAAGACACUUCCUCACCUCAUGUGUCUAAUUGACUACAGUAGUCAUAGUCGUGGCAAGAAGAGCCUGGAUACUGUUCAACAGUUCAAAUAUUUCUGUGACUUGAGGAGUACAAUAAGAUGUAUUCCAUUUUUUUUUCCUGAAAUUUAAUGGUGUGGCUUUUCCAAAGGAAUUAUUCCUAAAGAAAAGAGAAUAAGAGUAUAGGAUUUUAAUGAAGCAUAGCUAAAACUAUAUUUGCAUCUGAGUAUGGAUGUAUUUACUUCAUACUACUCUCUCUUAAAAUUUUUUGUUCUUGAAAAUGAUAAGGGAUGAAGAUCUGUCUGGAACAGCUUCUACAUGAGACAACAAAACUUUUGUUUUUUCAUGAGGCUAAAACACAGGAUUUGCACUGUUUGUGACAAAAUACAUUUAUAUUAUAGACUGAUGCCUUGUAUUUUGUCUAAAAGUUCUGAUCCUAAGUUAAUAUGGGGAUAUUGUCUGGACAGAUUCUCUCCUGAUGAAAAUACUGUGCUUUCUCAACACUUAAAAGCAAGAAAGCACACACAGACUUUUUUUUUCCAUUCUUUAUUCUUUUGGGGUUAUUUAUGGGUGCUUGCAAAUAUCUGACCUACAUCACAAUAGAAGAGUAGAGCUUGUUUCUUUGCAUUUUCUUCUCUUCUCCUAUUACAUAAUUUACAUGUGUGGUUCCAUCCUUUUAAAGUAAGAAUCUCUCUGAAGUAUGUGUCCAAACAACUUAUUACUUCUACAAAUUUUUUUGUGUAAUUCUAUACUGAUCUUAAAUAUACAGCUAUACAAGGACAAUUUUUGAGUAUUAAAUGGACAAACCAUAUGAUUAUGUGAUGCGGCUUGCCAAGGAAUCCAGUUUUAAUAAUCUUUAAAUUGUCCCAGCUUGUUGAAUUAUAAAGGAAAUCUAUCCAGUGAGGGCUGUUUUAAAUAGUUGGUGACAUCCAAUUUGCUUUCAUUUGCGCCAGCAUAUUGGCAUUUCUGUACACUUCAGUCACUAUGAAGUCUGCAUGUGAUUACUUGAAAUCUUGAAUCUGCCUCUUGACAUUAGUUCUUUAAUAUAGAAUGACAAAAGUGAGCACUCGCUAUUCGUAUGGAUUUUUUUUGAUGCCUUGUUUUUAGUAGAUAACUAAUCAGCUGGUUCUUGGAUGAAAUCUAUAGUUCAAAUAAAAAGGGAGAUCUUUGAAAGCAAUUUGUUUAUUAAGUUUUCAUCUUAAGGAGAUAGUUUUUUGGAAAGGAAAAAGUUCACAAAAAUUUGAAAGGAAUUAAGAAUUUAGCUUUUUUCCUAGUUGCUUUCUCUCCUUUAAAAUACAUUAUGACACUUCCUGAUCUCCUCCUACAAAGAGACUGCAGGGUAUCCUACACAAACUUUCUGAGACAUUGGCUUCCCUAAUUUGAAUGCUGAAAGAACUGAGAACGUGCAUAAUAAAAGGGCAUUGCAUAAAAUGGCUUAACAUGGCUCAAUACUCCUAUGGUUGAAAAUCUGGUGAAAAGUAAACACAGAAAAGUCUUCAAAAGUUUUUUGAGUGCAUUGCAAACACUUCUGUCUUUCUAAAAACUGUUAACUAAAGGCAUAAUAAGUUCUUUGCACAUGAGUCACUCACAUGAGUAUGAACUUCUUGGGCUACAUAGGAGUGACUUAGUUACAUACAAAUGCUUCUAAUUUGACACCUCCUAGUAAAUCAAAUUAACUGAAUCCAUAAUGUAUGAAAGAGCUGCAUGUAGUGCCACAGCUGGUGUUCAGGAGCAGAUGGCUCUUCUGUGUCUAUUUUGGAAUUUUCACUUAUAAAUGUGAAGAAAAUGGUUAUAAAUCACUAUUAACUUCAAAACCUGCAAUAUGUGCACAAAGCAAGGAUGUAAACCAAACUGAUUACAUACGUGCAUGCGAACUGUUAAUGAAUUUCAGGUAAGCCUAAGAACUUAAAAAGUUUGUGUUGUAAUAACAAUUAUCACAGAGAAGCUUCCCAAAAUUGUUGCCCUAAGGAUGUUGAACUGCAGUCAGUUAUGCUGAGAAAAUACCUUUCACUUGGCUAUGAAAGUUACGUACAGCUUGUGUGCCCAUAGCAAAAUACGUAUUUUUUGUAGAAUUAACAAAUGGGGUCCUAAGUGUUUUAAAUCAGGAUUUUUAAAGUGAAAAAGUUUUUCUUUAGUCAUUAUAAGUAUAUUCUGGCACAUUACCAAGACAUAACAACUCUUAAAACCCUAUAGGUAUAAGAGAGUGAUGUGCAGUACUGGCACAGUACUAGGUACCAGCUUUUACAUGUUACUAGAAGCAUCUGUAUGUUACUCAUGUCCCCUCUUCACAUUUAUGUAACUCAAGUUUAGACAAUACAAUUUUAAUGGAAAAUAUUUUAUUUAGUAUAUAUGUUUCAAACUAAAUUCAUUUGUUUUGCAAGUAACUUAGUCUUGUUCCUAGUGGAAUUUCACAUUGGUUAAGAUCAACCUACAUUGCACUUGUGAGUGAGUAAUUUUAUUCCAUUUCAACUGUGAAUUAGUGGCUUUUUGUAUUGCUGCAGCUAGAAGAAUAUACUUUUCACUGAGUUUACUGCUUUCCUUGAAUAACUGCAACAUAGGGGAUAUUUACAAAAUGUAUAUUAAAUUAGAUAAUAGAAAUUAUAUUUUUAAAACAAAUUGUUAAAAUAUAAGUAACUAAAGAAUUCACUCAGUAGUUUUCUCUUUUAAAAACUUUUAAUUUGACAAUUAUUUCAAUGCAGAUAAUUUUAUUUCAAAAAAAUGGUAAGCAGAUUGUCUUAAUUCACAUAACUGUACAGUUUAAACAAAGUUGUUUUUUCCUUUCAACUAAUAAAGAUCUUAAGGUGCCUUCUGUAUAUCAGCUUUUCAUUAUGGACCUUUUUAAAAAACAAACACCCUUGUAACUUUUAAGUCUUGAAACUGAACAGUUGAAUUGGACUCUAAUUCUAUAUUCUACUGUGCUGUAUAUUGUGAUGCAUGCAAAGAGAGAAACGGAUGGGGUUCUUAUUUGUUCUUUCAGUCUGCAUCAAUCAAUGGUGCACAUAAAAGGGAUUGUUUGCUGGUUUUAGAAGCACACUAAACUCCUUUUAGGAGCUUAAACGAAACUGUAUUGUAAUGAGGAUGAAAGGAUGUAGUGUGAGUAAAUUAUGAAUUUAUUAAGUGAGCUGGGAAUUUUUCUUUAAUGCAAUAAAAUUUGCACUGGUUUAGAGACUGUUUUGAACUGUUGAAAAAAGUGGCAUCCAUUUACUGUGCUUUGAUUAACAAGUGUUUCUCUGUAAUGUUUUUGUACAUUUGACAAAUGUUUCUUGAGUUUAAAAGGGCACUCUGCAUAUUCUGAAUUCUGUAUAGAUAUCCUAGACUAAGAAAUGAUUUUUAAUGUAUUUCCCAAAAUAAAAUAUGUAUGCAUCCUGUAUAAAAUUUCAGUUGCUGCAGGUUUUUUAGCCUUUGGAACUUACCUGGUUGACAGAAUUUAACCUUAAAUGCAAAUUUAGCCUAUAGUUGGUCAAAAGCAGAGGCUUACAGCUGCCUCGUUUGGGGGAAUAGUUUCUUAGUACCCCAGCGACUUCUGAAUGGUGGGAAAGAGCGGGAGCAGUCGGGGCAGGAAGAGAAACGAUGGGAGUCGCUUGUAGAGAUUUGGUCCAUGAGAGAAGAUGGUUCUGUGUCACCUUAAUCAAAACAUAAGGACGGGCAGAUGUCAGAAGAUUAGAAAAGCGGGCUGAGGGAGACAGAAUCCAUGAAAAUCUUGCAAAGUCGUGGACAUUGGCUUUCUGAUCAUAGAGAUACUGCCCUCUGCUGACCAGGAAAAGCAUCAUUAAUUAGUAGGUGGGAACAGUUGGUGGCUGUACUUCGCUGAAUGCUUCGCGGGUGUACAGGUUUCUCAGUGUCUUUGUAAUGGGGACACAAAGUGAGGCCUCCAGUGAUGCAUCCUUGCUUACAAAAGACACUGGUGGACCUCCUGAACACAGUCAUUGCUCCCAGCCAGGACGGGUUUAUAAAGAGAAGGUCCUGCCUGAAAAACUUAGUAUCUUUAUAUGAUAAGUUUACCCACCUAGCUGAACAAGAGAAGCCAGCGGGUGUAAUCUUUUUGGAUUUCAGCAAAGCCUUUGAUACUGUUGCUUACAUUGUCCUCCUAAACUAAAUGUCUGGCAUUUGGCUGGAUAAACACAUAAUGCAGUGGGUGAACAACUGGCUGAUGGGAUGGGCUCAAGGGGUCAUGGUGAAUGGGGUUACACUGGGUGGGCAGCCCGUCACAAGCAGGGUUCUACAGGGAUCCAUCUUAGGACCAGUUCUCUUCAUAAUAUAUCUUCAUAAUAAAACAUCUUCAUAAAUGACCUGGAUGCAGGACUUCAAGGUUUACUGACCAAAUUCACUGCUGCUGACAUGAAAACAGAGGGGAAGGACAAAUUGGAGAGCUGGGCAAUCACCAGCCACAUUAAGUUUAACAAGGGCAAGUGCUAGUUCUUGCACCUGGGACACAACCACCCCAGAUGUACAUAGAGACUAAGGAGCGAGAGGCUGGAGAGCAGCCCUAUGGAAAGGGAUCUGGGCAUUCUGGUUGAUGGCAAGUUGAACAUGAGCCAGCAGUGUGCCCAAGCAGCCAAGAGGGCCAAUUGUCUCUGUGGUGUCGCUAGCUGCUCAAGGGAGGUGAUUGUCCUGCUCUACUGUGGUAGUGGUGUGGCUCCUCCUUGAGUACUGUGUGCAGUUCUGGGCACCACAGCGUAAAAAGAAUAUCAAGCUACUGGAGAGUAUCCAGAGGAGGGCCAGUGUUUUUAAAGGAUCUAGAGGGGAAGCCAUAGAAGGAGCAGCUGAAGUCACUUGGUCUUUUCAGCCUAGACACUUGAGGGGAGACCUCAUAGCUUACUGCUUCCUCUCAACAGAAGGAUGAGCUGGUCUCUUCUCUUGGUGACCAAUGACAGGUCCUAGUGAAUGGCAGGAAGAUUUGCCAGGAGAGGCUUAGGUUGGAAAUUAGGAAAAGGCUCUUCAUGCAGAGGGUGGUGGAGCACUGGAACAAGCUCCCCAGAGAAGCCGUCAUGGCAUCAAGCCUGACCAUGUACAAGAAGCAUUUGAGCAACACCCUCAGACACACGGUGUGAAUUCAGAGGUUGUCCUAUGCCGGGACAGGAGUUGGACAUGAUGAUCCUUGUGGGAACCUUCCAACACAGGUCAUUGCUGGACAAUGGGACUGAAAACAUCCUCAGCAAGCUUGCUGAUGUCACUAAGCUAGGCAGCGAGAUGGACACAUCAGAAAGGAGCGAUGUCUUUCAGAAAGACCUGGACAGGCUGGAAAAGUAGGUGAGCAAGAACUGUAUGAAGUUCAAUGAUGUCUAAGUCAUACAGCUGGGAUGACAUAUCCAAAAAGCCCAGCACAGGAUCUGAGGGCUGGGGAGCCACCUUGCUGAAAGGGCACUGGGGGG